UGGUGGAAAGUGGUGGCGAAGUUUGGUUUUCUGGUUUGUUUUGUGGCGGGUUGAGGACCUGAGAUGGUUUGUUUUUGCAAUCUGGGCGUGGAAGAACCGAGUGACGGAUAAUUGGUGGCCGGUUUGUUUGGAUUCGAUUGAGAGGUCUGCGGUUUUUGGUUUUUGUGAUCGAUGCCUGCUUGAGGGAGGUGUUGGGAGUUGUUUGAUGUGGCUCGGUCUUGAGGAAAGUAGGCUGUGAGUUGCAGUUUGGUGGUUUUUGAUGUGGCUCGGUCUUGAGGAAAGUAGGCUGUGAGUUGCAGUUUGGUGGUUUUUGAGUAGCAGAGUGUUGAGUUAAGACCGAUGGAUGGUUUACGAAGGCGUUGAUAGGAGAUGGUAUGAGCGUUAUUGUUGGUGCCACGUUAAGGACAUUUUGGUGUGUAUGCUUCGAGCGGAGGUUGUGUUGGCUUGAGUUUAGUAUUAGGUAGAUUAGCUGUUAGGGUAGCAAUGGCAGGACGUCUUUGUUCCUUCUAAGGAAAUUUUGAGUGUUGGACCGUGGACUUUUUCACGUGCUCUAAAUUUUCCUUUGCUGACUUUGACAAGCGUUCGAGCGGUUGCUUCGGACGAUGCAGGCGAAAGACCUUCGAUUCAUUCUAUACGAUGGAUUGUGGAAAGCAGCUUGCUUUUGCAACGAGGAUUUCGUAGAAUGCUAUAUUGUGUUUCAAUCACUGCGUUGACUGUAGCCGCUGGAGGGAAUGUUUGUUUCUGUUUUAAAUCAAUCGGAACUAACCUGAACUAACCUCAAUUUUAAUUUUCAAAUGAAGUUUUAAAUUUAAAUUUCUAUGUUCAUGUAUUUAAUAUGUAUUUAUAUUCUAUAAAGAUUUAUUUUCGCACACAAAUUAGAUCCCGAAUAUUGAAAUAUUUGCUGUACUAGUAUAAGAUGGAGCAGUUGAGAGCAUUGGGAGGCCAUAUUACGAACUUUUCUGGACAGUGUGAGACUAAUUUCGAGUCGUUUGGUGGAUCGAAGUGAUGUCUGAAAAAAAUACUAUGAAGUUAGCAGAUGCUGCGUUGUGCGUCUUGUGUUGGGUUCCUCAACCUUUAUUCUCCAGACGUUUCUGCGAAGAUGAUUUCGGUGGUAUAUCAUGCCGAGUCUCCCUCGAGGUUCUUUUGCGCCAGUGUAUUCUUACUUCGAUAUCUUAGGCUCAUUGAACGCAGAACCAACAUUUUAUUGAGUAUUUAAGAGUUUAAAUGACAUCUUUAAUUAUUAUUUUUGCUCAAGGUUUUAGCGUUCAGUACAUGCUGCCUGUUCAUAUGUCCAGGUGAUUACUACCUAGCUAACAUAUAAGUAUUUAGUGUUUGACCGGUCCAAUUUUCAAUUUUCAAGUAGCUAGAUUGAUCUCUUCAGUGGGACCUGAACUGUAAAAAACAUCUUGUUUAGUUUUCGACGCUGAAGAAGUUGGAAUUUGUUUUCUCGUGGGCCAUCUAACUUUCCGAUGCAGCUCGAAACCACGAAGCUCAGUGCACGGAACUUGAAUGGGAGCCCUAGACAUGGAACUUUCGACUGUUUGAAUCUAGCGAAGUCUUGUUUGAGUGAUAUCUUCCUUCGUUUUGGUUGUGUUUUCAAUCGUCUGUGGAGCCAUUUGGUUUGUAAUUUAGUUUUGCAGUUUGGUCAUCUGGGUAUUGUCAGCAGAGUCGAUCCUCUCGACGGCAUGGAUUGAAGAUUGUUAUGAAACAGAAGAUUGUUCAUCUUCUGUUAGAAACCAGCGUCUAAUGUCCUUAUUAUGCAAUAUCAAUUAAUCUCGAUGGGGAUCAUUGUCGAAAGCUUCAUAAUUUUCGAUUGUUGACCGGAUCAAUAUGGAUGCCUAUCCUGCAGAUGCCGCAGUUCGUGACAUUGUGAUCGGCGAAUAGCUCUCUCAGUGCUGCUGAAGCGAGUUGUAUUCUUUCCACCCAAAUUGCACAGCUGUGACUUUGAUUUGACGGUAUGCAGGUAUGACUAGAUUAUGCGGUGCUUUGAUUAAUGAGAAGAACUAAGAGCCUUCCGACAGGCCGGUGCAUCAAAAAUUCAAGAUUCUGUUCUUGAACGUAUUGUCAUAUUGACAACUGCGAAGUUAAAAUAUGGUUACAGUGUUGUAAUUUGUGUAGUAUACACAACAUUGGACGAAGUGGCUUCUGCAUGCUGCCAUUAGUUUCAUUACGCACUCGAAUUGUUUGUCCACUAGAAUAUUGAUCAAGUGGAGAGGCUAUUUCUUCGCAAAGAGACUGUAGCGGUUUAAGUUUCCGAGGAGUUCCAAUUUGGAGGAGGAUGAGGUUCGUAUAGGAAGGGUUUGUGAAUAGUCACUAUGUGGAGGACCAGUUUGUUAAUAAAUACUCUAGAUUCAGCUGUCUUUUACAGCAAGUAAGUGUAUUACUUGGUACAAGGAUCAAGAAAUGAGCAUAUGUAAAGAUUUGGCCGAGCUUGCGUGGAUGUUUUGGUAACAUCUUUUUAGCAAUGAAGGAUCGGACAUGCUCUCAAGACAUACGAUGGUUAUUUUGAUCCAGCCUGCACAUUAGAGAGAGAAGGAAAGAGAUCGAGAGAUUGAUGAAGCAUGUGAUGGCGGAGGGACAGAACAAUGUGGGGGCGCUUGAGAAGCGCCCCUCGCUCUUCUCUCAAACAACAGAAGAGGAGGCAAGAAUCGCUGUUGAAGCGGCAGCUGCUGUGAGACCCCGCCCCUCUAUAGUUGUUUCAGCUAAAAACCAGCAAAGUUCUACAAGCUUUCUAAAAUUGAAGAGAAGCUUCCAGAAAGCUAUUAAAUGGCCCAAUAAUCAUAAAGAUCGAACGCAGAGGAAUCUAUUCAAUCCAGAGGUCCUUACCCGGCAAAAGAGGCAAUGGAGUGAGUUACAAAUGCAAGCGUUGGAAAGAAAACAUCAUAAAAAGGAACCUACGUCUUUCUUUGAGCACUUUGUAGUAGUGGGUCUGAGAGCACAUUCGGAUGUUCAAUCCAUAGAGGCUGCGUUUGCUAGAAAAAAGCUGUGGCAACGGGAUCCAGAAAAAGCAACCUUAGAUUUUGUCAACCAUAAUGCUCCUACACUCGAGCCGGAGGUCUUGUUUAAAUAUCCUCUUAGCAAGCGACUUCCGCUGAAGAGCAGUGAGCUGCCCCACUUUUGCUUUCCUUCGGGAGUUGAGGCUCGAGUUAUGGAGCGGACUCCAUCUAUGAGUGAGCUGAAUGAGAUCAUGUAUGGGCAGAGCCAUCAGAAUCGCGAUGAUCAUUCGUUCGUUUUCCUUCUCAAGGUUGCCGACAACGCUACUUUGUAUGGAGUGUGUAUAUAUGUUACUGAAAUGGUUCAAAGAGCUCCAGCCUUUUUCUCUAUGAACACAGAAUUAUCUCCGCAGCGGUCACCUCGUGGACGAUUCUUGAUUUCCGCCCCUCGUUGUUAUUGCCUCCUCACAAGGCUGCCUUUCUUCGAUAUACACUUCGAAGUUUUGAACAGCAUAAUUGCGCAGGAGCGACUGGAUCGGAUUACGGAGUGUGUUAAGGAGAUGAGUCUUGUAGAAGUACCACCUAUGGUGAAAGUGGAUUCUAAGAAUCACGCUCGACAUAAUUUUCCUUCCCCUGAUGACCCUGACGGAUGGAUGGAGAGCGCUAUACCUGUUGAUAGUGUCCUAGGCGCAACGGCUGCUGCAGCAGGACUAAUUUCUGCUAGUGAAAUGGACUCAUUUGCUUCCAAAGGUUCUGGUCACAUGUCUCCAGACAGAAUCUCAGAAUGUGUAUCACCACAGCCAUGCACUCCUCAAGCAGAACCUUUAGUGAACGGACGUGCUGCUGAAAUUGAUAAUGAAAUGCCAGAUCAUGGUCCAGAUCAGCAGAACGGAUUUAGGGGAGGCACGGAGGUAACGCUUGUACAUCCAGAAGAAAUCUUAGAAGACACUAUAGAGCUCUCAAAUUUGGGUACGAAAACCCCGCCCUCUAACGCAAAGUUGGAAAGAGCUGAGGACAUGGGCUCCAGCUCUAGUUUUGGCACCAUGCCACCCCAGUCCAGCAGCAGAGGGCACGAGCGCGUUGACAGCUCUGAGUCAGUGUACAGCUAUGGUUUGAAUGCCGACUCUCUUCGAAGCAAUGAUUCUGACGAUGAGUAUGACGAUGAGACCUCCCCUUCCGGGCAGGAAUACACUUUUGGAGCUGAAGCAGUACUUGCUUGGGCUGAGGCUAAUAAGAACGAUUCCUUGCGGAUAGUGGUUGAUUAUCAUCGGCUUUUCAUCCCUAUGCGUGGCGACACUAUCCAAUUUCAGCCGUUGGAACACUUGUCGUCAGUAACUUUCACCAGAGGUGGCAAGGCGAUGCCUAGCUCAGGGAAUGGAGUGGCGAACUUGAAGACGUGCAAGAGCAAUUUGGAAGUUGCUGAGGCUCGAGCAGCAGCCAUGGCUGCAGAAGAAUGUGAAGCACUAGCUGUGUGGACAGUCGCCACAAUUUGUAGAGAACUUUCCCUUCAGAACGUGCUGGCCAUAUUUGCGUGUGCCUUGUUGGAGAAGCAAAUGGUGGUCAUCUGCCCUAAUCUGGGGGUUUUGUCAGCGGUGGUGUUAGCGAUGAAGCCGAUGAUACGACCAUAUGAGUGGCAAAGUCUGCUUCUUCCAGUUCUUCCUAACAACAUGCUGGACUUUCUGGAUGCUCCGGUGCCUUUCAUUGUUGGUGUUCAGCACAAGACCUUAGAAGUGCAGUCAAAAUUGUCUCAUUUAGUUCGUGUUAACGUCUCAAAGGAUAAGGUAUCAAUGUCUUCAAUCCCGCCACUUCCUGCAUACAAUAAACUGCUGUCUGAGCUGGAACCAUUCUACUCAGAACUGGCAGCAGAGAGUGUCUCAGCUAGAAGGCAUCCAAUUCAUCACACUAAUGAAACCCAGGCAAGGGCAGUGGAGGGGUUUCUUCAUGUAUUACAAAAGUACUGUACAGAAUCACUGUGCAAUAAUCUGCGAGCCCAUACCAUCACUAAUGUGCAAUCUAAUAAUGAUAAGGUAUCUCUGUUACUCAAAGAUAGCUUCAUUGAUUCAUUUUGUUCACGGGAGCAAGCAUUUAUCAAGCUUUUUGCAGACACGCAAAUAUUUGCUGUAUACACAGAUGCCGUGCUGUCAAGCUACCAAAAUAGUUGAAACCAUUGUACACUAGCGUUUCUUCAUCCACACCCCAGAAAUCGGGAACGUAUCACAAGAUGGCAUAGGGUAUUUACUUUUGACCUGAAUAGGUAUAUGUACUGAGGAAUGGGUGCAAACUUUAAAUUGAGUGGCAUAAUCACCCGUUAAGAGGGUGUGAGGAUUUAGUUAGUCUCAGAGAGUAUAAAGUUGGAGGAUUGCCCUAGCACGGCACUUUUUGCAUCACACUCUUAGCUUUUCAAGAGAAGAUUGUCAGGCGUUACAGAUUAUGCUAUUGUAAAUAGAAACAGGGCAGUCCAUGAUCUGUACUCCGGAAUGCAAGCCGUAUAUCCUUCUUUGAUUGUAAGGAACCUGCUUAACAUGGUUAGUGUCUGGUAUCAUCUAAUGGCAACUGAAAGCAAGUUCAUUCUCGAUU